UAUACCUUAUUUCAGCAGCUGCUGAAAAUGCUUAUGAGAAGGUAAAGCUGUUACAGUGCUUCUGUUUCAGUGUCUUAAAUCGGGAUAUUUCACUGCAGUAAGGUGCUGGGCAUUGGAGCGGACUGAACUUGGCGCCAUGGCGGCUUUGUGUGCCAGAGUGGUCAACAAGAGGAGGGAGAAGAUCACAGCUCUGCCCGUGUACCACAAUGGACAUCUGCUGAAAAAAUACACAGGAGAGAAGGAUUUUAGGAAUUUUUUUGCUGAGCUUCGAGGAUCUACGCUUUUCCUGUAUGAAGAUGACAACAAUGAAAUGUAUUCCGAACGUGUGGAGCUACACACCCUGAAGGCGAUGGAAGUGGACUCGCCCCACAGCAAGAUUGGCCCAUCUGUUUACACCCUCACCCUGCUCAACGAGGAAGUGCAGCUAAAGUUCGAUAAUCCAAACACUGCAGAAGAGUGGAGAGGUUUCAUCAUGACUGUGGCGACGCUACAGAUACCCAGAAAGCUUCAGCUGCUCCCCGGUCAGUUGUUGACACUGAAGACGGUCCUAGAGAAGGAAUGUCGGCGGACUGGCCGUCUCCCCUCCCCUGUCCCGGUCCUCCCCCGCACCCCACGUUCUCCUGUGUCCCCCGGCACGAUGACAGAUGACACCCUCGCUGACUUCCCAUCCUGUUUCUACCAUGUGUCACGCCAGGAGGCAGAACAGAUGCUGGAGGACAACCCUGAGUAUGGCAGCAUCAUACUGCGGCCUUCUGCUGGUGGCAGCAGCUAUGCCAUCACAAUGAGACAGAUAUUCCCCAGGUCUGAGUGUUGCCAAACCCUUCAACUGUCAGCAAAAGCUACAUCAUCACAAUGAGACACAUAUUCCCCAGGUCUGAGUACUCUCACACACCCUUCAAGUGACAACAACAGCUACAUCAUCACACUGAGACAGAUACUCCCCGGGUCUGAGUGUUCUCAAACACUUCAACAACUACAUCAUCACUAUG